CGCAGGUGAAUGAAUGAACAGGAGAGGACGUGUGUGUGACCACGAUCUCAAAACAGCACAGCAGCGCUCCUCCGUGCUGGCUGGCGUCGUAGGCUGGCGUUUGGAAGGGCGUUGUGCUGUGCUACCACUGCCCAGUGCUGUCCUUGCACUGCUGCUUCUGCCUUCGGCCUAUUCGACCCUGGAUUCACGACUGACUUAGUGCCAGCACUCGGCCUCUUCCAAGGCGAGACUGAGUGGCGGUGACUGGCGGUGACUGUCGGUGAGCUCUUGAUUUGAUUUUUUACCGAAGGAUGGCCUCGACAGCGCCUCUUCCGCCUGGCUAUGCCGCACUGACAUGCCAAAACAACUGCUCGUGAGCGAUGAAGCAUCCGCACCGCCUUAUUCUGACCAGUGCACUCGUCUCUGUCCAUGUGUGUGUGUGUGUGUGUGUGUGCUUUGUGCAGCGGGAGGGGCGUGUGCACGAUACAAGGGCUGUGUCACUGCGACAAUCUGUGGGCAGGGUGAGCAAUGACCAGCAGAGAGAGAGAGAGAGAGAGCGGGAGGACUGCAGGGGCUGAUAUGACAUUUGGGAAAAUGAAUCAUGCGUGCAGUCUUGGGUGCGAGACGAGGCUGGAGGACAAAGGGGUGCAGCUCGAGGACGGUGGGAUGUCUGCCGGCACAUACGGCGGGCUGCUCUUCCUCGUGUGCUUCGUCUCUCUGCUGCUGCUGGCGAUCGCACUCAUGCCUCCCAAGUGGAGAGAUGUCAGUAGUGACUGACUGACAUACUCAAGACAGCUUCCUAUCUGAUCAUAUGCGACUGUGUGUGCUGUCUUUGCCUCCCUUUAGGCGCUGUGGGGCUACCUGUUGCAGCCCUGCAAAGCCACUGCUACGAUGACUGACCUUCGAGCUCGAGUAGCUAUGAUUUGUGUCUACCUACCAUCUCUCUCGUCUCUCUCUCUCUCUUGCGCAUCUGCAGGUCCCAGUGGCGCAGACUGAAGAGGAGCCGUCGCCGGUCGUCGUGGAAGAGAGCAUCCCCGCGGUGCCGUCGACCUUCACGCCAGGCGAGCCCAAGGGCGAGCCAGCCGCCCCGCGAUUGAGAACACGGCCACAGGUGUGCAAACAAACCACACACUCAGCCAGAAACAGGCACUCCCAUCCAUCUCGACGGGUCCACCAUCCAUCUGCACUGCAGGAGGAAGGAGCCUCCCAUGAGGUCGCAGAGGAGGGCACACCGAUCAGUCCGGGCCGCGUGACCGCCCCUGAAACUACAUGGGCGCCUGGACCUCCCCCACCUGGCCCCCCGACGCUGCUCAUGUCUCCACGCCACCGAGCAGCGCCAGCACCGAUGAUGAUCGGCCAGCCAGCCACCCCCGGAGAUCUUCCUGAAGAGGCCAUCCAUCCAGAGGGAGCUGACACAGAGGUCAUCAUCAAAGAGGAGACAGAAGGAGAAGAAGACCAAGAGGGGGUAGACGAGUCUGAGAGUGCUGAUGCGGACGAGCAGCCGGGCGACGAAGGCGGCACGCGGCUGUUCUCCUCCCCCCCCGCUCUGUCCGCGUCGAUGUCUCGCAACUAUUAUGUGGGGGGUGAGGUGCGGAUUGGGGUCGAGGAGGAGGCAGACGAGGGAGGGCAACGGCCAUGACGAAUCAUACGUGUGGGCAGACAUAUAGACAGACAUACAGACAGACAGAAUGUAGACGGAGGGGUGGGUGAGGCCGUGAGGCCACUCGCUCUAUGCCAUGCGUGAACCGCCCGCAGUCGCCGAAACCUCGAUGAGGGACUCAAGAA